CUCUACAGCCGUUAACCUCAUCUCAUCCGCCAAAACGUUGAGCACGCCAUGUUUGUCGAACUUGCAUUAACCUCGUCCUCUGAUGUAGGCGAUGGUACCACAUACCUCUGGAACCUGCACACUGGAUCGAUGCUGGGCUCGUUCAAGCAGAAUAUCACUCCUCUCCAGUCCAUGGCCCUAGUGAACAAUCCACGGAACCUGGGUAGCAUCUUUUUGAGCGCGCAGGCCGAGAAGGGCAUGAUGCACGUUUACAACUUUCAGAAGGACCAAGUGUAUAUGAAGUUUCCAUUGCCAGACAAGAUUGUAUGCCUGACAGUGUCUAGCCGCGGAACGUACUGUGCAGGAGGAACUGAAAGUGGUCGUAUCCACAUCUGGGAGAUUGCAACAGGAAUUCUUCACAGGACAUUCGAUGCACACUACAAGAAGGUCACUGUCCUCCGGUUCUCGUCCGAUGACACUGUCAUGUUCUCAGGAAGUGAGGAUGCCGUCGUUCAUGUCUGGAUGCUCAACUCACUUCUCGACGACUCAUUCACGGAUUCACCCGCACCACACUACUCCUGGACAGAUCACACUCUCUCCAUCACAGAUAUUCAAUGCGGGAUCGGUCGGUUCCAUGGCGCCCGUGUCCUGACCUCGUCGCUGGAUCAUACGUGCAAACUCUGGGAUCUCUCAACAGGCCUCCUGUUGACGACGUUCUUGUUUCCGACAAAGAUUCUUGCAUUAGCACUGGACCCAUCAGAGCGGUUUUUUUUUGCAGCAUCCGGUACACCUGCGGCUACGGCGUCUGCAGCAAACGAGGCGGACUAUUUAAUUUAUCAGGCGUUGUUGUAUAAGGCUAAGCAUACGCAGCAGGGAUAUACGACGGUUGAGGCCGUGGAUGGUGAUUCGGGCUUGGAGCAGAUUGGAUUGGGAGGCGCGCAGAGGAAUGGCGCUAGGGGCGGGGAUUUGGUGAUGAGGGGUCAUCAUCACCCAAUUUUAAGGUUGGCGUUGAACUUUGACGGGUCGGCAUUGGUCAGUGGAGACUCGAAGGGACACCUCAUGGUCUGGGAUGUUGCGAGUCGGCAAAUGAUCCGGGACAUUAAGCAACACAAGGGUGCCAUUUCGUCAAUUCACACACUUAUCCAGCCCGCGGAUCUGUACUCCAACACCACGCUUUCUGAGAAGCCCAAAGUCUCCCCCAUUACGCCCUUCAAGCGGAUCCCACAGUCCCGGAUGGGCGAGGGAGGACCAGAAGUGAACGGCAACAACUCGAUUGCGGAUGAUCCUCAAAUUAUGAUCUCGACUUCGACCUCAAGUGUAGGACAAGCAGCAGCCCUUGCACAAUCACAAGAGUUUCGGAUUCUGGAAAGUGCACGUUGUGCAUUAGUAGGGUCACGGUCCGGAGGGCUGAGCACUGCUGCCUCAGGAACGAAAUCGUCAGCACAAGACUAUGAGGAACUGCAGAAGCGAUACCAAGAAUUGGAGGCGAAGAUGGCAGCGAUGAUGAGCGCAGGUGCAGCGGCGGCAGUGGCUCAACAGCCCGUGGUCUCGUCCUCAGAUAUCAGCGCGGCGUUGAGUGGGUUGAGGAGUUCAGGGACCAAGAGGCGAAAGGCCUAGGGACAUCCAAUUGCCAGAAAUAAAACAGCACAGCCAAU